UUCCAGAUAUUGAUUAUGUCAACAGACCUGUUUAAAUGUCUGAACGUGGGCAAUCUAGGUACAGAGCUCCUUAAUCAUUGUGGGAAAAGAAACAUGAUGCUGAAGACACUUUUUCUUCUUUCCAUUCUGUUCUUUUUCUCAGAUGCUGGCAGCAUUAGAGAAGAACGAUCGGUCACACCAGUUAUUACAGUUACAAAUGGAGGUCCCUGGGGAUCAUGGGGAUGGGUUUCUCAAUGUCCUUGGAAUUCCAAAGCAAUCGGAUUCAGUCUUAAAAUUGAAGGACGCCAGGGGAGGGGAGAUGACACAGCAAUGAAUGGGAUCCGUCUGUACUGCUCAGGAGGGAACGGCUACGUGGAGUCUAAAAAUGGGCCGUGGGGAGACUGGACAUCUGCAGUCUGGUGUCCAGGGAGUGGAGUACUGACAGCUUUCGCUUUGCAAGUGGAAUCUCGACAAGGUGAUGGAGAUGACACAGCAGCCAAUAACAUCAAGUUUAUGUGCUCUUCAGGUCCAGUGAUUGAAGGAAUUGGACAAGAGUGGGGCUCUUAUGGAGCUUGGAGUGGCUCGUGUGACUAUGGAAUCUCUGGUCUGCAAACAAAAGUAGAAGAUCCUCAAGGAAGAGGGGAUGACACUGCCUUAAAUGAUGUUCAGUUUUCUUGCCUCAGCAAGUCUAAUUAGCUACACUAUACCUACCAAGCCCCCGUUUCUGUUGGUAAAGAAUGAUGUGCCAUAACAGCAUCUCUAAUGACACGUCUGCUUUUAUAUACUCCUGGCAGAAAUUUUCCUUAAAUGCAGUCACUAAAGUAUGUUGCUAUAGAUAAAAUGUGAUGUCAUAAAAAUAAAACAGUGACAUAACGUGCAGAUCUGUGCACACAUCAGCUUAUUAUGCAACUGCAUAUACUUAUGAUAAAAAAUAAUAAGUCUGAAAAUACAGAAGUAAUUAAUCUAUGCAUAGAAGUAAAGCUCAGUUUUUUCAUCA